AGGUGGCCGCGGAGAAACGCAUUUUGGGCUGUGUUGGCCCUUCGGAGGCGCCGUAGCGGGGUGUUUGGCGCCGGCCUGGCUUCCGGGAGCAGGCGCAGCGGGCGCUGUGAGGAGCGCGGCGCCGGGCAGGAUGGCUGGGCACAGAUUGGUGUUAGUACUGGGAGAUCUUCACAUUCCACAUCGAUGCAACAGCCUCCCAGCCAAGUUCAAAAAGCUGCUGGUUCCAGGGAAGAUCCAACACAUCCUCUGCACGGGAAACCUCUGCACCAAGGACACUUAUGACUACCUCAAGACUCUGGCUGGGGACGUCCAUGUUGUCAGAGGAGACUUUGAUGAGAACCUGAAUUAUCCUGAACAGAAAGUUGUCACUGUUGGACAGUUCAAAAUUGGGCUGAUUCAUGGCCAUCAGGUUAUUCCCUGGGGUGACAUGGCCAGCCUGGCACUGCUACAGAGGCAGUUUGAUGUGGACAUCCUAAUUUCAGGACAUACACACAAAUUUGAGGCAUUUGAACAUGAAAACAAGUUCUAUAUCAAUCCGGGAUCAGCUACAGGAGCCUAUCAUGCCUUAGAGAACAACAUCAUUCCGUCAUUUGUGCUGAUGGAUAUCCAAGCUUCCACAGUAGUUACGUAUGUCUAUCAACUAAUUGGAGAUGAUGUGAAAGUAGAAAGAAUUGAGUACAAAAAAUCUUAAACAUGUUUUGUCUUGUCUGGUAUUUUUACCAUCUCAUUCUGAACUGCAAGUUCCAAUACUUGAUUGCUAGUUUACAGUCCUACCCUUACUCACUAACAGCUUAAACAAUGUAGCUUCUUGGUAAUAACUUUAAAACAACAUUGUGUUUGCUUUUCUCUGUAUGAAUUGAUUUGUAAAAUAUUCCAUUAAAGUAACUGUUUAAGUACUGUUCCUUUAUGUUGUAAUAAACUCCACUUCAUAGAAAAAUGAAGCUUUAUGAACUGGUGUUGAGAAAAAAAUACACUAGUUGUAGGUGCUUUUAGAAUGCCCCAUGCUCUGUUUGGUGACUUCUGAAGGAUAUUUAAUUGUAAAAGGCUUGAACAAAAAGAUUGGGGGCUCUGGAGCCAUGUUACGUUUGCUUCAGAAUCCAGUUGAUAUUUAAUUUUCUCAAUCUAACAUUCCCAAUUAAGUUGGAAGAAUAAAAUGGAUUGAUAGAUUCUGAAACUAUUGCAAUGAACUCAUAAUUUACAGUAGUAAUUACACUGUAGAAAGUUUAGUCUUUUUAUAAUCAAAGCGGUUUCAAAUACCACUAUGCUUUAAUGAAUGAUGGUCUCAUUAAAUCUAUAAUCAGUGAAGAGAGGCUUUCCUUUAUUUAUGGCUUAUGUCUGACACUACAUGUACACACACUUUGCUCCACAUGCAGAGCUUUUAAAUAUGUAAUUCCAUAUGACACUCAUGCUACUACUGGAGACUAAGAUAUGGGUUGUUCAAGACUGUUGGGCUUUCCUUUCUCAUGCCUGCAAGGAACUGGAUAUAUUUUAACAGCUCCCAUUUUGUUAACUUUCCAAUGAGAACACAGCUUUAACUUUUGUCUUCUGCAGAAGAACAUUUAGUGGUGGCCUAUUUACCUUGCAGUCACUGGCCUUUGUAUUAUGGCUCUUUCCAGUGUGGUAUCUGUGCAAAAAGCUGUGCAAUAUUUGUCACAAAGCUUUGAGUUAAGUUCUAUGGAAAAGCAUUAGUUUAAAGGAUCAGCUAGAACCCUUACUCUGUAAUGAGCUGACUAAAUAACUUCUAUUCAAAAUAAAUCUGCUUUACCUUAGA